AUGUAUCCAGAUUCUAAAUGUCCAGGUGGAAACAAAUUGGUGACUCCCAUUGAUUUGUACAGUGGUCUGUUUGAACCUCAAUAUGCAUUGGGUGCUCGAAUUUCUUCCAAUUCUUUAGGUGGUGCCAUUGGAUAUGGUUACACACAAAUUACAGCAGAAAUUGAUAAAUUCCAAUACGAUCAUGAUGAUUUUCUAGUGGUAUGGAGUGCAGGUAAUUCAGGACAUAAAGGAUACAUGACCUUAACGGGACCAACCAAACAAGCUAAGAAUUCUCUCAUUGUUGGAGCUUCUACCAACUCGAUCGAGUCAUGGAAAGAGGCAUUGCAGUUAAGAAAUUACACAGAGAGAGCACUCUUUUUGAGAAAGAAAUUCUCUAAAAAGUAUUCUUGUACGUGCAAGAAUUCCUCAAAGAAUGGUAAGAGUCAUAGUAGUGGUAGUAGUAAUGAUAUUUCAUCGUCAUCAUCAUUGUUUGAUGCCUUUUCAUGGUGUCACUUUGAUAAAUGUCGAGAGAUUGAGAAAUUAACUUCAGAAGAGGCCUGUGAUGCCUUCAUGGGUGAAACAUGUCAAUUUCCAUCCAAAUACAAAAUUUCACUCAUGAAAAAGAAAGCCAAUUUCAAUGUUGCCUUUGCAUGCAGCAAGAAGUGUGCUCUCAAGAAUUUACAUGAAAUGCAAUCACUCUUUGAUUCGGAGAACUUGGCAGAUUUCUCAUCUUUGGGACCAAGUGUGGAUUCACGUAUCAAACCUGAUCUCGUAGCACCAGGUUAUUUUGUCAUUUCGGCUCACUCUCAUUUUGGAAAUUCAAAAUGUUCUAUUGAGAAUACCAAUGAUGUGAAAUUUCAAUUGAAAGAAAUGGCAGGAACUUCCAUGUCCACACCACUCGUGGCAGCUGCUGCUACCAUUGUGAGACAAUACUUCACGGAUGGUUUCUAUCCGAGUGGUAAGAGACCAUCCAAUCCUCAGGAAUUUGCCAAAGCAGAAUAUACCAAUCCAAGUGCAGCAUUGGUGAAGGCCAUUCUCAUUUCGAGUGCACGUGGAAUGAAAGGACUUGCUCGUGGCAAUGAUUAUUUUGAUCAUUUCAAUCCAAAACAUCGAACCAUCUUUGAAGGAUAUGGAUUGAUUAAUUUAUCGAAUACUUUGAAAUUGGUCAGUAGUAGUAGUGGUGAUGGUGAUCUUAGUAGUACGAAUACUAAUCCUACUCGUGAGAAUGUAAAGACGACGACUCCAUCUCGAAUGGUGGAUUUAUUUGUGGUGGAUCGACAGGAAAUUACGACCGAUCUUGUUCAUUCCUAUAAUUUCAUUGUGGCUGACAAUUCCUCUGAAUUGUGUAUUACUCUUGUGUGGACAGAUUAUCCUGCAUCACCAAUGGCAUCUCUCGCAUUGGUCAAUGAUUUGGAUUUAAAGUUAGAAUAUGAACUUGAGAAUGGUGAUAUUCAAACCUUUUAUGGUAAUCAUUUUGUGAAUAAUAACCAACCUGAUCGAGUGAAUAAUGUUGAGAAAAUUUUAAUUCCAUCUCCACCACUUCGAACAGCAUUGACUGUGAGUGUGAAAGGUCAUAAUGUACCACAUGGUCCACAACGUUACAGUUUGGUGAUCAAUGGAAAGAAAAUUUCAAAAGCUUCUGUGAUUAAGCGUUCAUUGGAUGUGACUGACGUUUCUCCUUCGAAUACGAUCAUUUUCUUUAAUUGGCAAUUUGCAUUAAUUAUCACAAGUUUGGGAACUGCAUUGUUGGUAUCAUUGGCAGUGAAUAUUGGAUUGUGUUUGUAUGCUCGUAUUCAAAAGAGAGAUUUCAAUAAGCAAUUUAUGAAUAUGGAGAAGAUGAAAACAGUGUAUUAA